CUAUUGACAGUUCAUUGGCUACAACACAUGAACACAUCAUUAUUUUGAAUUGAUGUUUUUCUCUUGGUAGUAAUUUGUAGUUUUUUCACUUUCACUGUAAAAUUGUUAUUGAAAUAUAUAAAAUCAAAUGGAUAUAAAACAAGAGGUUACUGAGGAGAUGAGUGAAGUAGAAAUAUAUAAUAAUGUGCUGGAUGAUGGCUUCUUCAAUAAAGACUGUAAAAUUGAAAUAAAGGAGGAAUGCAAGAAAGAAAGCAUACAGGAUACAUUUGUUUAUUCAGACUUACAACAAUUCUUCACAAAGAUUGAAGUAGAUUCAGAUGAAAGUAAACUGGGACCAGUUGAAGAAAUAGAUGAAAAAGGUUGUCCGGAGGACGAGAAGAAAAAACUGACAAUUGUAAAAACAACAGAGCAAUCAUCUCCUACGGAAAAUUAUGUGAUUCGACAGCACGAAGAGAGUACAUUAAAUGAAAACAUAAAAAUUCAAACUGAACAAGAACUGUUCGAAUGUGAAUUUUGUAGUAAGCAGUUUACUGCACCAAGUAGUUUAAAAAUACAUUUGAGGGUGCACACUGGUGAAAAACCUUACAAGUGUGAAAUUUGUUCUAAGCAAUUUAGUCUUAAUGGAAAUUUGAAAAAGCAUUUGAGAGUGCACACUGGUGAAAAACCUCACGAGUGUGAAAUUUGUUCUAAGCAAUUUACUCAAGAAGGAAGUUUGAAAGGACAUUUAAAGAUACACACUGGAGAAAAGCCUUACAAGUGUGACAUUUGUUUAAAGCCGUUUAUGACUACAGGUCAUUUGAAAAGACAUUUGAGAGUGCACACUGAGGGGGAGUGCACCCCUAGUGUGAGGGGUGGAUUUUACAAGUGUGAAAUUUGUUUUAGACAGUUUAAGGACUUAGCUAAAUUUAAAGUCCAUUUAAGAGUACACACUGGAGAAACGCCGUACAAGUGCGAAAUAUGCUUUAAGCAGUUCUCUGUUAAAGGUAACUUGACAACACAUUUGCUGACGCACUCUGAAGAAAAACCCUACAAGUGUGAAAUUUCUGCUAAAGAGUUUUCUCAAAAAUGUUAUUUGAAAACGCAUUCGUUGAUACAUACUGGACAAAAAUCUUGUAAAUGUGAAAUUUGUUUCAAGGGGUUUUAUAGCGUAGGCAUAUUGAAUAAACAUAUGAGAAUGCACACUGGAGAAAGGCCUUUCAAAUGUAAAAUUUGUUCUAAGCAAUUUUCUCACAAACAGUCUUUAAAUAAUCAUUUGAAAUUGCAUUCUGGAGAAAAACCAUACAAGUGUGAAAUCUGUUCCAAGCAGUUUAGUACAAUUAAAAAUUUGAAAAGCCAUAUGAAAGUGCACACUUCACUGUACAAGUGUGAAAUUUGUUUUAAGCAAUUUAGUCAAGAGGGAAGUUUGAAAAGGCAUUUAAGGGUACACACUGGGGAAAAACCUUAUAAGUGUGAAAUUUGUUUUAAGCAAUUUAGUCAAGAGGGAAGUUUGAAAACGCAUUUAAGGGUACACACUGGGGAAAAACCUUAUAAGUGUGAAAUUUGUUUUAAGCAAUUUAGUCAAGAGGGAAGUUUGAAAACGCAUUUAAGGGUACACACUGGGGAAAAACCUUAUAAGUGUGAAAUUUGUUUUAAGCAAUUUAGUCAAGAGGGAAGUUUGAAAACGCAUUUAAGGGUACACACUGGGGAAAAACCUUAUAAGUGUGAAAUUUGUUUUGAACAAUUUAGUCAAGAGGGAAGAUUGAAAAGGCAUUUAAGGGUACACACUGGAUAAAACUUUACAAGUGUGAAAUAUGUUUUAAGCAGCUUAGCAUCGUAGAUAAAUUGAAAAUUCAUUUGAGAAACAAUUGUGCAUUUAAUGAUAGAAGCAUAUAAUUUGGACCACAUAUACUACACAUAUAAAGGUUUAAAUUCAGAUACGAGGCCAUCUCACAUUUUGUCUUUUACAAAAACAGAGACAAUAAGAGAGAUAACUAAACAGGAACCAAUAACGAAUAAAAUAAUAAAGAGACAAUUAAACUGGUAUGGACAUCUGAUGAGAAUGAAACCUAGUAGACUAACAAGGAAAAUUCACGAAACAAGGAAUAUUACAAAAAAGAAAAAAAGCAGGCUGAGGAAAAACUGGAUACAGCAAAUAGUAGAAGUAGGAAAAAUUAAACAGAAAACGCUAGAAGAAAUGAAACGAAUACCACAAGACCGAAAAGAAUGGAAGAGAUGGGUGAAUAUGUAGCUAAAUUAAACCCAAAUCCGACACCUGAAAGGGUAUAAGGAAGGGGAGAAAGAAAGAAAGACAAAAAUGGCAACAAAACGUCCGAUUUCAACCAAAUUUGGUAUAUAGGUUCUUUCUUUGAUGAAUAAAAUCAAGGUCUUGAACAGGAAGAAUCGGUUUACCAAAAGUUGUGUUUUUACUGUUUUUUAUGUAAAAAUAUGUUGUUUCUUUUUUCAAUAAUUUCACCCUGUAUUUAUUAAUUUUUCAAAAAAAUAAUACCGCCAUUGAAAAGCGAGUAAAAAUGCUUUUUGCAAAUAUUUUGAAAUUUUUAGUUAUGUUAAUUGUCAUUUAACAAAUGUAUGACGUAUCUUCACAUGUACCUACAUAUUUGCGACAGAUACAUUUUGCAUGCCCGCCAUUUUUGUAAAAGACAAAAUCUGAGAUGGCCAGAUGGCCUCAUAUCAAAAUUUGAAUCUACGUAUGUGUGGUCCAAAUUAUAUGCUUCUACCGUUAAAUUCACAAUAAUUCUUAUAUUAUUUGCACGAAUCUGCCGCACAUUUUAUAGGUACAUGUGAAGAUACGUUAUCAUCAUCAUCAAUGGCGCUACAACUCUUCGUGAGUCUUUGCCGCGUUUACUAUUACCUUCCAUGUUUGUCGGUCCUGUGCCACUAUUUCCCACUGUCGCACUCCCAUUUUCUCUAGAUCUUCUUUGACUGCAUCUUUCCACCUUUUUCUAGGGCGCCCUACAGACCUUCUUCCAUCUGGCCUUUCCCAGAACACAUUGUUUAUAAGGCGAUUGUCGUUACUGCAUAUCACAUGCCUUGCCCAUCUGAGUCUAUUAGCCUUUAUAUAUCUGACUAGAUUUUCUUUUCCGAAUAGAGACUCUAGCUCGUUAUUGUAUCUGCGCCUCCAUUCGUUUGUCGCGCUGUCUCUGCAAGGGCCAUAUAUCAUUCGAAGGAUUUUACGUUCCCACACCAGCAAUUUAUUUACUUCUCUUUUUGUUAGCGUCCAUGUUUCGCUUCCAUACGCGACUGCUCUUCGUAUUAUGGUCUUAUAUAUCUGGAUUUUUGCACCUCUUGAAAGAAGUUUUGACUUCAUUAGAUGUUUCAUUGCAAAGAAAGAUCUGUUUCCUGCCAUUAUUCGCGUUUCAACUUCUCGCUCUAAUUUGUUGUCAUUUGUGAUUGUUGCUCCCAGAUAUUUAAAUUCUUUAACCACUUCGAAGUUGUGAUCGUUUAUAGUAAUGUUUUGCCUUAUUCGCCGUCGUUCUUGUUUUGAGACGACCAUGUAUUUUGUUUUGUCUUCAUUUAUUUUUAGACCGAUAUUUAAUGCAGCUUCUUCAAAGCUCGAGAAAAUAUCCUUAAUUUCUAAUGUUGAUUGUGCUACUGCGUCUACGUCAUCAGAAAAGGCGAGUAUGAUUUUUGCUCCCCGAGCAGUUAUGUCUGGUUUGAGUUUUGGAUACAUUUUUCGCAUGACAUAUUCUAAAGCCAGGUUAAACAACAAUGGGGACAACGGAUCUCCCUGUCUUAGUCCAGAAUUUACGCAGAAAGCAUUUGAAAUUUCCCCCCCUAUUCUAACUUGUGCAAAGGAGUUACUUACACACAUUUGUGUUACCGCAGCUAGUUUCUUUGGUACGCCGAGCUCGAUCAUUGCCUUCCAUAAUGUUGCACGAUUAAUUGAAUCAUAAGCCUGUUUGAAGUCUAUAAAGAUCUGAUGAACGUCCUGAUUAUAUUCCCAAUACUUUUCAAGCAUUUGUCUUAUUGUAAAUAUUUGAUCAAUAGUCGAUCUGCCCGGCCUGAAACCACACUGGUAGUCACCAACUAUGUCUUCGGCGUAUGGUAUUAAUCUUGUUAAUAAUAUCGAAGCCAAUAUUUUAUACGUAGUGUUAAUUAGUGAGGUUCCUCUGUAAUUCAUGCAUGAUUCCUUUUUUCCUUUCUUGUGUAUUGGUACAAUAAUACUACCACACCAUUCUUUCGGCAUCAUUUCUUGUUGCCAGGCCCUUUCUAUUAAUUGAUGGAUUUUACUUAUGAGUUCAUGACCGCCUGUUUUAAUUAACUCGGCAUCAAUAUUGUCCAGACCAGGGGAUUUAUCGUUCUUAAGCGUUUUUAUGGCAUGCGUAAUUUCUUCCAUGCUUGGUGGGGGUAUUUCUAAUUCGGCCGUUUGAUACUCAUGUUCUUCGUUGUUUCCACCAUUUUCAUUGUUUUCAUUAGUGAAAUUUUGGAUAUUCAGGAGCUCUUCAAAAUAUUCAGCCCACCUUCCUAUUAUUUUGUUUUCGGCAGCCAGCAUUUCUCCAUUUUUAUCUCUCACGAAGGUUGUCCUUAUAUACGAGCCUCUUUUAUGUUGUCUUACCUCUCUGUAGAAAUUUUUACUUUGGUUGCGUCUGUGUUCUACUACUACUUUUUCAAUUUGUUGUUGUAGAUAUUGUCUCUUUUUUUGCCUAAGUGUUCUUCUAGCUACAGCUCUCUCUCUCUCUGUGGAAUCGUGUACGUUUUUCUUCUGAUGGGUUUGACAGAUAAUCAAUUCUUCUUUUGUUCAUUUCUUUUAGUGUUCUUUCACAUUCCUCGUCGAACCAUUUUUUCUUUUUUGUUUUUUUCGUUCUUCCGAUAGAUUUCUCUGCUGCUUCUGUAAUAGUUGUUUUUAUGGAGUUCCAUCGCUGAUCUACAUCUUCCGUUUCAUUUUCACUUAUUUCCAAAACCUGAAACCUAUUUCUUAAUUCUACUUGGUACUGUUUUUGGUUAUUUUCUUCUUUCAACUUCGCCACAUUCUAUCUUUCGAUCUUUGUGUGUUUAUCUAUUGUUUGUGUUGAAAUUCUUGUUCUGAGCUUGGCCUUUACAAGAAAAUGGUCUGUGUCGCUAUCUGGCCCUCUCAUAGUUCUUACGCUUAUUAUGCUACUAGAAUGUCUCCCAUCAAUCAAUACGUGAUCUAUUUGAUUAUUUGUUCUUCCAUCGUUUGAUCUCCAUAGUGCCUUGUGGAUCUUUUUCCUAUCGAACUGGGUGCUUUUGAUGGCUAAGUUGCAGCCUGUCGCAAAAUCGACCAAACGUGAUCCAUUAUCGUAUGUAGCUUCAUGUAGACUAUAUCUUCCAGCCACCGGUAUUACGUAAUCUUCUGUGCCUACCUUUGCGUUUAGAUCACCUAGUAUUAUUUUAAUAUCGUGGUUAGGAGCUUCUGUGUAUAGUUGAUUUAAAGAGUCGUAGAAUUCAUUUUUAUCGUCCUCUGAUGCGUCUUCGGUUGGUGCAUACACUGAGAAUAUAGUUAAAUUGGACCAUUUGCCUCUUAAUCUUAUGAUGCAGAUUCUUUCAUUUAUUGGUUUAAAGUCUAAUAACUCUGAUUGUAGUCUUUCAUGUAUUACAAAGCCACAUCCUCUUUCAUGUCGAGUUUCAUGUCCAGACCACAGUACUAAUGACUUCUCCAUGUGUAUUGUUCCAGACCCUGUCCAUCUCAUCUCCUGAAUGGCUACUACAUCAUAUCUCAAGUCUUCUAAUUGUUUUAUCUCUGUCGUGGCAAUUCCAGGUCGGUACCAACUUAGUACAUUUCAUGUUCCUAAUAGCAUAUCCUUUGUCCGUAGCUUUCGUCGUUUGUUUUUAUGAUCUGUCCUAUUCCGAGGCAAUAAUAUUCGUUUCGUAGCAAUAUUUUUUUCCAUGUAUGGAUCGCUGGUCCCCCUUUUCGGAGGACCAUGUUCUCCCUUCCUCGUUCGCCCUGACCCUGCCUUCCAUUGAGGUUGCAUUGAGGAUAGAAAUUGAGUAGGAGAGGCUAGAGAUGCUAACUGGAAACAGCAUCUUAUAAUGCACAUCACUACUCCUUUGAACCCCUAUGAAGAUACGUUAUGCAUUUAUUAAUUGGUAAUUAACAUAACUAAAGAUUUCAAAAUAUUUUCUAAAAAAUAUUUUUAUGCUCUCUUCACGCCCGUAUUAACUUUUUAAUUUUUUUUUUUAAUUUGACCAAUUUUUUUUUUUUAAAUAGAGGUCCGUUCUAUCGAGGUUUUACUGUACUUUAUUACCGUAUUAUAAUAUAUUAUAAAAAUAAAUAGGCAGAACGAUGCGCGUUGGUCCAGAAAAAUAAUCUAAUAUUUCAUUUUGUUAAUUUGAAAUAUUUGUUUGUUUUAAGUAGAUGGGAACUGAGAACUAGGACUGAGAGGCUUCGUUCUCAUUUUAAAAGAAAAUAAGUGCUGUUUGGUUACAUUUCGAUACAAUUUCAAAUGAAAAAGCUAAGUGUAAUAUUUGUAAUAACAUUUAUUCUUACAAAAUGGAAGUGUUACCAUUUUACGAAAACAUGAAAAAUAAACACCCCACUAUAGGCAUAAAUGACACAACACGAGAAAAAAAGGAAAAUUGGGCAUAUGGACGAUUUGAUUUGGCAGGAUUUUGAUACAUGUGUAUGUGUACAACAUUUUUGCAUGUGACCAAUCCAAUAGUAGUCGCCAUCUUCGAAAUGAAAAUGUUUUCCGAAGAACCAAACCUUGAAAGAAAAAAUGAUUCUCUCGUUUGGUGGUGCGAAAGACAAAGAGUGGUUUUGCAACUCUGAUAACUUCGUAACCCUGGUAACCUGGUUAACUAAAUUAUCCAAAAAGUAUUUAUGCGUAUGUGCCACUUAUCUGUUCUAAUGCAAACGCAUAUUUUCUAAAGACGGUCAAAUAAUAACCGAACGCAGAAACAGAUUAAAAUCAAAAAAUGUAUAAAAGCUAUUAUUUUUGCAUUGAAGUAAUAAUUUAUAAAAAUAAACAAUUUUUAUUUUGUCGAUUAUAUUUUAUUUUGUAUUUUUCUUUUAUUUUGUUAAAGUAAAGAAGUUUUUAUUAUGUUUAAUAAAAUCACAGUUAACCAAGUUUGGACUAUUUAUUAAUAAUAAUAGCCGAAAACUUUUAGCAUUACCUUUUUUUUGUGUGAAUUUGAUGGCCUUGGCUGCUAAAAAUCUGCUAAAUCCAAACUAAAAGUACAAAUUUCUGAAGAUGUAAGGAGCAUGCAGAAAAAUGACUAUACUAAAUUAGUGUGCCAUUUUAUGACUUUAUUGAUGCCACUUUGAUUAAGAAAUGCAGGAUACUUUUUGGAAAAUUUACAUUUUUAUUGUUUUAUUCGUUUCCAGGAAAAUUUCAAAAAAUGGAUCUCGCAGGUUUUGAUUCUAAAAGCCUCAAUUAAACCUUUAUUGGUGUUUAUCUCAAUACAUAUGUAUAAAAUGUGACAUUCCUUGUUUUUCCCAUGUAAGUACUCGUCAUAUGCAUUUAAUAAAACAUUGUACAAGAAGUUUGUUAUGUAGUUAAUAAUUAAGUUAGUUAAGAAUUAAGUUUUAUGUUUAGUGGAAUGUAAGUUGUCUUUAGUAACGUUUACACGUAUCCAGUAACUGGCGCCAGUCUCACUGGAAUGCGAGUGCUUGACUAAGACAGCGCUGGAUAGGUUCGUUUACACGUAUCCAGUAACUGGUGCCAAUCUUACUGGCACUCUUAUUAAAAAUCCUAAUACGGCCACUGAAACCACAGGUACGACAGCGCCAGCGACUGGAACGCUGUGUUUACACGUGUCUACAACCACUGGCACGGGGUUAGAGGGGACGCGGACGAGUGCCACUGUCACGAAAAAUAGACCAGCCUUCUAUUCGAGACAGCGCUGGCAGACAGCGCUGGACUGGAACAAAAAAGCGUUUACAUGAUGCCAGCACUGUCGUUCCAGUGCGACUGGCGCCAGUUACUGGAUACAUGUAAACGCGCCUAUUAGACAUUACUGUUUGUGUUAGUCUGUAUGCAGCUUAACAAUAAUUAAUCAAAUUUAUAUUUAAACAAUCAAACAUUGUUUAAUUAUGACUCCUAUUGUUAUCAUUUCCUGUUCGUAAAAUAAACGAAAUGUGCAAUUAUAUCAGUCUAAUUUAAAUAUUGUGAAUUAUAAAGGUACUUGACUCUUGAUCGAAAUUCAUAUUUUUUUAUAUACCUCGUAUAAAAUUAAUAAAAUUUGAUAUAUGAUGGUCGCAUCAUAAAUCUUAGACGAUGAAGACGCUUUUUAUGAAGAAUAACUUUUCUUCUUCAAAUUAAAAAUAAAAGAGUUAUAAAUGAAAUUGUUGUUGGUAUUUAUCUAUAAUUUGAAAAAAAUCUUCAAAUAUUUUUUUCCAUUAGAAGGAUGUAAUUGCACAUAUAAGACCAUAAUUUUUUAUUCCAAACAACAUUUCAUAUAUUCGGUUCGCUAAACUCAGACACAGCUGGCUAGUGAUUUUAGUCAGUAAUUUUGCCAAUUGGACAAAAAAAUAAUUACUAAAUAGUUAAUAAUUAGUAAUUUUGCCAAUUUCGCCAAAAUUGGUAAAAAAUUAAAAAAUUACCUACUAAAAUCACUAGCCAGUUGUGUCUGAGUUUAGCGAACCGACUAUAAUACCAAUUUUCAUUUCAUAACAAAUGGAACAGUCCAUUUAUCAUUAGGUGGUUCCAUUAAAGGGGAGGCCGUAUACUCGUAUAAACUUUUGUAAAGUUAUUAGUAAAUUAUUGCUUUCAAAAUAUACUCAAAUUGUAUUUUUGAACAUCUUAUUUAUUUUAUAUAAUAAUUAAAUUCACUAUCAAAUUUCA